AUGGCCAAGAAGGUGACGUGUGAAAUGGCGACGAAGUCGACGACACGAUUGUUCAUAGCUAUUCCAGGGCCUGUCCUGCUGCCGCCAGCUGAGCUCGGUGCUGGUGUGGCUCUUCGGCGAGCUGGGGGGCAGCUCCUCCCCCUCCGCCCCCUGCGCCCCUCCGCCCCCUGCGCCCCCUCCAGCCCCGGCCACGCCCUGCGGGUGCUGCGCAGGCCCGGCCGGCCCCCCAUCCAGCAGCUGUUCUCGCACAGAAUCUGGUCCAAACAAAAGCUAAGCCAAGCGGCGAAAACUAAUUCGGCGGGUUCGUCUGAACGGAGCUCCACAACUGGAAGGUUGAAAGAGAAUGGCGUUGCUAAGGAGCUGUCCGAGGGCAAGGCCAAGAGACGCUCCGCCGUCGACUCGGAGCAGUCUACCGAGUCGGCCGACUCCAACGACGACCUCCAGAUCCUCAACAAGUCGAUGGCGAUCAAGGUCUGCCCCCCCGAAGACGACUUUGAGUACUUCAACUCGCCGGUCCGCUCGUCCAACGAUUACCCGAACGAUGCCCUCUAUGGCGAUCCCUUCCACCCGCCGCGCAAACUCAAACCCAAGGCGGACGAUUAUAUGAACGAGAAACAUAGGGAGAUUAUCAAUACAGAGAUAUCGAGCUUCGAGUUCACACUGCUUAUAACCGACCUGCUGCAGGAGCUGUGCAAGGCGGAGAGCAGCCUGAGUGGCACCGAGGGGUCCCAAAUCUCGAUGCAGUGCAUCAAUUUCUCUUUAAAAAACCUCUGCUCCCUACAAUUUGGUUCCCUCCCCGCGAUGUCCAACUACGACAGCGAAGAGGUGUCCAGAAUUAAACUGGCGCUAACAGAACUCCUCAUCGUGUCCUUAGAUAAAGUGCUGAUCCAUUCCGAUCUCUGCGCCAAGCUAAUUAAUAAUGGAAUAAUGCCUAUGCUACUUAGGAUUUUAGAAGAUAUCAUUUGUAAGUCUAGCAGUAAAUUUAUUACAAGAGAAGAUAGCUCCACUCGUGCCAAAGAUGUAGAGAAACUUAAUGAGACUGAAGCAGAAAAUUUGCUCAAAUACGUUUUCGGCAUAGCGUAUUCCGUUACGGCCUUCUUCCAUUGCCUCUUGAUGCAGUGUCGAACUGUGGACAAACUUAGAGAGUUCACGGAUCAGUUCAAACUAUACGGAGAGUGUCUGAAAGGGGGCCUUUUGAAAGAAUGCAUAGAGCUAAUGAUCAGAAUACCGGUAGUGGAUAAGGAAACGAGUGUUGUGUUAAUAACAAAGCUGAUAGAGUCUAUAGGCAAGCUAGUGAGUGGGAUGAAACGGGUCCGAAGUGAAGUGAUACACACAGCCGCCUGUCCACGGACUCGGCACAAAGCGUGCAGGCAGCGAGUCGCGGCUGGCAUGCACCACCAUCACGAUGUGCUCGGCGAAGCGGGCACCGGCUUGCCGCUACCCUCUGCUUGCUGUGUCUCCGUUUUAUACGGAACCUUGACCUCUUUAGUGGCGGACGAGGAGGUGGCCGCGCAGACCAUCCUGAGGACCAAAAUACUUCGAGUGAUGUUAAAAUGCGGUGUUUGCUGCUGUUUCUCACCCGGUUUCUUAAUGGAGUGCGUGGUUAGGCUGAUGUUGACUCACAACAGCGUCGCUCCGCGAUGUCUGCAACUCCUCGAGCAUACGGUGUACGGUGACCUGGGUUCUAGCAUACUUAUCCCGCGGGUAACGGAUCAACUGCCGUGUUCCAUCUGUGAGCCUUGCGAUGAUAAUCGGGACCUGGGCAGGAAGUAUUGUCCGCACGGUGUCAGCCCCAUCGAGAGGAAGAGUGUAUGGUCCUUCCUCAUUCACUACAACUCUCUGCUACAGCUAGACAACCACAACAACGUCCUCCACGCUACCGUUAGCCAUCUCCUCAAAGUGACGCCCAAGUGCCGAAUGGAGAUGAAGCAUGAACUGUUAUUCAGCGUUAUCUACCCCACUUUCAUCGUGUCUAAGCAUCGAUACAUCAUAAGGCAGGAGGAGUCCGCUUACUUCUUAACCGUCUCUUGCCUCAACAUCUUCGCGAGCCUCUUGAACACAGUACCGUUCGCCGAGCAGUUCAUCCAGAAGGGCGGGCUGAGCUACGUGCUCGAGCUGGUCUCUCUGCCGGAGUUCUCGAACCAGUGCUGCGCGAUCCUCGAAAUCGCCAUCAUCGUGGAGAUAUACAAGCUGAUGAAGGAGAACGCCGUGCUGCCCUACAUCCGCGACAUGGGCACGCUCGCCUCGGUCCAGAUGCUGUUCAAAUCGCUAUCGGAGAUGACGGAUAAGUGCUACCGGAUAUACAGGGAGAGGCUGCCGGCGGACAAGUUCGAAGAGUUGUGCGACCUGACGAAGGAGAUGGAGAUCCUGGAAGUGAGCGAGGCGGCCGCGGCGCCGGUGGAGCGCGCGGACCCUCCCGCCGAGGACUACCUGGAGGCGCUGAAGAACAUCGGCGCCUUCUGGAGGUCGUGCGCCGGGCUGUGCCUGCGCAGCGCGCUGUUCCGCCGCCACGUGGCCGGCGGGCGCACGCUGGUGCACAGCUACGCGCUGCUGAAGCUGCUCCUGCACCGCCUCUGCGGCGAGCGCUGCCCCGCGCCCGAGACGCGCCUGCUCCUCCGCCUCAUGGAGGCGCUGCUCACGGUGCACUUCGCCCUCUCCGAUGCGACGGGAGGGCGCUCGCGCGCCGCUAGUUGCAGUGUAGUGCGCGUGCCGCUCUACGCAGCGCUGCCUCAGGCACCACCGACGGCGAGGGCUCUGCCAUCGCUACCACCGCUGCCACGGCUGCCACCGCUGAAACCGCUAACUGUGGCAGUGGUGCCGGUCUGCGCGCCCUCUGCGACGCCC